UCAAAUGCGCUUAUAUUCUUUAUAUUACGGUAUAUUUGACAGCGUGGUCCGUCGUUUGUUGAUGACAGAAGACUGCGAGUCAUUGGAAAGAUGGCGGCGCCCUUGAUACGGCGAGUAACUUUGCGGGUCGGGUCAGAAUUUCGGGUAACUUGGGGGAUAUCUCGAGGACUCAGCACUUCAGCUACAUGUUGCAGAAGGGUAGCCCCGCUGGGGCUGAUGCCCAACAUGGACAUUGAUGUGAAAAACCUUGAUGACUUGGAGAAAUACCGCAGCUACACUCGCUAUCUGAAGGUGGCAGAGGAGGAGAGCAGGAAAGUGCACUGGUGGAAAACCUACAGACAAUAUCUCAGUCAGGAUGAGGAGAAGAGUGAGAGGAUUGACAUCGGCCUGCCCAACAAGCGGGCUCCCCGAAGCAAGGAAGUGAAAGAGAGGAAGAUGGUGAUGAGAGAGAACCACGAGAACAGCGAGCUGGAGAGGGCCACACGCCUUCGCACACUGUCGAUACCCUUGGAUGAAGUGAAGGCUGAAUGGGAGAGAACCAGUGGUCCCUAUCAUGUACAGAAGGUGGCAGAGCAUUACGGGGUGUAUAGAGACCUGUUCCACGGCGCCACCUUCGUCCCACAGAUUGUACUGCGGGUUCAGUACAGCCUAGAUGAGGAGCACAGCCUGCCAGUGCAUCGUGGGAAUGUGGUUACCCCCUCUGAGGCCACAUCACAACCAGAAGUAACCUUUGAGGCUGAGGAGAGUUCCUUGUGGACCCUGUUGCUCACAAACCCAGAUGGACAUUUGAGAGACAAUGACUCAGAAUAUGUCCACUGGAUUGUUGGAAACAUUCCUGGGAAUGCAGUGCAGUCUGGAGAGCAGAUCUGUCGCUAUUUCCCACCGUUUCCAGCAAAAGGAACCGGAUACCACAGGUUUAUAUUCAUCCUAUUUAAGCAGGAGCGGCCAAUUGAUUUUACUGAGGACUGUUUACCUUCACCCUGUCACAGUUUGGAAUCCAGGACGUUUCAGACAUUUGAUUUCUACAGAAAGCACCAGGACUACAUGACUCCAGCAGGAUUGGCCUUCUUUCAGAGCCAGUGGGACGAUUCAGUCACGCACACCUUUCACCAUCUGCUCAAUAUGAAGGAACCAGUAUUUGAAUAUGAUAGGCCUCCAGUGUAUCACCCGCCACAGAAGAAAUACCCACAUGGCGAGCCAGUGAGGUACCUGGACAGGUACAGGGACAGCCAGGAAACCAUAUACGGCAUCUAUUAAUCUGAGCACGGAGCUCAGGACUGGUUUUGGGUGUUACACCGUGAUUCUACUGGACAUUGCUAGAUAUAGCAGUACUACAAAGUAAUACAUUUUAGAGAAAAUUCCACAAGCAGUCUUUAUACAUGUUUUUAUAUGCAAGUCCCAUUGAAGAACUCUCCAGACUAACUGAUAACUUCCAAACCACACAUUAAUUACUAUACAAAAUGAGCUGCUCUGAUUUCAACAUCAAACUAACUCCAGUUUUGUGACAAUUCACAACCUCACAAUUUCAAACGGCAUACAAUAAUCUCAGUGCAACAUCCAAUGACCACACUCCAUAAAUAAUGCAUGGUCAUUUCAAUUCCUAGCAUACUUAAGUUUCCAUCACCAGUAGCCACCUUGUCUCUGCCCAUUUGCUUACACCUUUACUUAAUUCAAAUAGUUUUAAUUCUUACUCUACAUAUACCACCUUUUUGUGCAAUAAAGAGGUAGGUUAUAAGUGCAGGUUCCUCAAAUGUAAAACAAUUGUCAUUGGGUCACCUGGGUGUGGAGCCAGCACCAACAAAAACAACAAAAAUCUCACCAAAAACACAGAGCUUACCUUAUAACUAGGGCUAUUUGUUUUCAAUUUUUAUUUUCGGUCACGUGAUGUUCUUUUAAAGAUAUUUUGAGCCGACUCCGUUUCUUAAUUAAACUCUUGGAAAAGCGUUCAUUGUAAAACAAGAUCACUUUUGUUUUUGUCUCCCGGAACUUGAAUGAGACUAUGAUUAUGUUUCACUAAUAAUGUAAAACAAAAUAAUAAAAAGGUGAGUUAAUUGCUUUUCCCGGAUUUAAAAUCUUAAUGACUCCUUGCAAAAAUGUUAUAACCUGUUUUGCAUUUAAUAGUUUCCUCUUAAUUACGAUUUAAUUAAAUCAAUUUGACUUCACUUGUUCUUUGUGCUUGGUUUGAAUAAAAGAAUAGACAGACAGAAUCAUAGUCUCAAUCAAUUUACAGGAGAAAAAAAUAAAGUGAACUUGUUUCACAAUCAACAGUUUAAUUGAAUGGUGUCAGCUCAAAAAUAAAAAACGAAAAUGAAAGCCCUAUUUCUGACACAUACACAUACUGACGAGAUGUUUUUCUAAAUUAUUACUUGGUGUAUUUCUAGUAGUGCUGCUACAUGCUUGAGUAGAUUAACUAUUGAACCCAUCAGCGUGAUCAGAACUUCCUGAAUGAAAAUUAAUCAUGAACUUAGUUGUACAUUUUCUUACCAACCAAUUGGUAGGGGUUUGCAGACUUUGGAAUUAGAGGCACAGUAUCAGCCAUGAUCAAACAAGAGGAAAUAUAGUGCAGGUAGCACACUGAUCUCUUUGAAAACCAAUCCAGCAUAUGUUGUUAAAGUACAUUGAACUGAUGACUGCCCACCUCUUCAAUAUUCCUAUUUAGAAAGUAUUUACCACAUGGAAGAAUAGAUACAAUCAACCAGAGUAUGUGACAAAGCAAGUGAGCCCACAAUAGAACAUGUGGGCAGCUGUACUUUGCACAUCGUGGGAAAUUAAGACUUUGUCACUCCCUGAUCGCCCCACUAUUUAAUUAAAGAAUAAUUAAAAUUGACUUCAAUCUAUAAUGAGCCUGCUAUUAUUCAGAACAACAAGGAUAGUUGUGUUUAUCAAUAUGAAAUGGUAGUGCAUAACUUUAGUUAUUGAAAAAAGUUUCACGCAUUAGAUCUAGAAGCGUGAGUUUUUAAUAAUCUUGGUUUUCCUUCCUGAAAGAUUUGGAGUGUUGCAAGAGACAGCAAAGUGAACUGUAUGUUGUCAGCUUGUAGUUGCUUGCAUAUUGAAUCAUACUCCAGGCACUGUUUCUGAACUGCAAAUGAGAAAUCCUCGAAGAACAUUACCUUCUUCCCGCUGACAUUCAGGUUGCCCUUCUUCAAGUACGGUUUGCCUAUCCCUGUAAUUGUGCAAUCUCAUGAUGGGUGGUGGUCUUCCGUCUGCUCCGGGCAUGCGAGCGAGUAAUCAAUGGGUUUGAGAGGUCCAUUUUUGGCUGCCAUUAAAAUGUUUUAAUUGUAUUCAUUUACUAUGGUGGGGGUGGAGGGCCUUCGGAAUAUCUGUGUAUGUUUCUAAAACUAUGAUGAUCUGGAAUGCGUUAUUUCACACAGGUAGGAAGUAGGGGCUUUAUAUUAUGUAAGAAUACAUUGUCAGAGCACCACUAACAUGUAUGAAGCUGGAAGGCCUAUGUCAUACUGCUGUACAGUGUCAUGCUGGAGACUUCCUGAAAGCUGUACGGGAGUGAUGUGAUUUAUACCCGUGUAAAACUUUAGUGAUAUUGUGAAAAGUUAAACAAACCAACCAGCUAAAAGAAGUUCAUCUUUGGAAUUAACAACCCUUGGUAACAAGAACACAAAAAUAUGUUCUGACCUAACGUACAUGCCAACAUGCCAUGUCAAAACCAACAAAUUGUUCAUGUUUUUCUACACAGGUACCUUUUUUUUUUUAUAGGCCGUAUAUUUAAAUUCAAAUGUGUGUGAAUGGCUGGACCUAUGUAUUAGAAAAUGAAUGAAUGUUUAAAAAUAUAACAAAACACAGCAAUCACAUAUGCAAUAAAACAUUCAAUUCAUGUAAACAUUUGUGAUAUAUAAUAAAGAGCACAUUUCUUUAAGAACAUAGUGACAGUCGCUAAGGCUGUCGUUUUCUUAAAGGGAAUGUCAGUUGCUCCUGA